UUGGCUUCAGGCGGUUGUCACGUGACCGGAAGAGCACAGGAGUAAUGACAGGCGUCUCCAUUGCUAUAGCGACCAGGGCACAGAAUGGCUGGGAAGAAGUUUACGGGGGCUCCUUUUGGCUGCCAGACUGCCAGAUUUGAUGUGUCAGCAGUUUAUCCUGAAUUGAAGAAGCCGGGUACAUACACACAAGUAUCAUACUGCAAAAAGGCAACCUCAGAGCUAGGGGCUAGCCUGGCAGAGAUUGGGGUCGACAGAAAAAGUAAAGUUCAGAGACGACUACAUUUUUGUGGCAAUGGAACAAUGGAAAGACGUUUGGGGCCUGGAACAUAUGAAGCAGGACCUGGCGACUUCAGUCCAUCUGUUCUUGAGAGAAAUGCAUCUGCCCCGGGAUGGAAACGGGCAGAAGAAACAGAAAGGUUGACGGAAAUGCCCCAUCUUCUCUACAAAGAGACCUGGGAGAGGAACCGCUUUCUGAAACAAAACAUGGGACCAGGUCGAUAUAACACAAAGUCAUUUGUAGAGAUGAUGGAGGAGAAGCCGUCAAGCGUACGGGGAGCGUGCAACACCAGAGAUGCGCGAUUCAAGGAAGAUUCAAAGAAUAGUAACCCAGGACCUGGAACGUAUGGCAAAGGAGGGAACCCUUAUGCGUUAAUAGAAGAGAGAGCUUCAAAGUCUGCAAGCUCAAAAGGCAUCAUGGAUAGCGAGACGAGUAAAUGUCGCUCAGCAACCAGCGUUGGAAGUGACCUUGGACCGGGAACUUACAACAUGAAGGGCUCCACAGAUGAAACCCUAAAACACGUUGUGGGUAAAAGGGGCCCUUAUGACCUAUUCACUGGAUCCAGAUCAGGGCCCAUCCCUUAUGGAUACUUUGCUACACCUAAACAUAACCAUUCAGAGCCCGGACAAUAUAAAAUCAAAUCAUUUAGUGAAGAAUUGGAAAAUGAGCAGAAAAAGAAACAUGGAAAGUUUGGGAAAAUGCCUCAGUAUCCAAAAGUCUCAGGAGAGAGAGUCAUUUGCAGCUCAUUGGCCCACUGGCCCAAGCCCAUUAAUUCUCCAGGACCCGGCUCCUAUGAAACAAAACCACUGUUUGCUUCCGUACGGAAUUCAUCAGCCCCUUUCCUAACGUCUGCCAAGAGAUUUGACAGAAAGUCCUGCAGGAUCCUUUUCGGAAGCUCUAACCCAGUUGGAGUUGGACGAUAUAAUAUAGAGAAACCUGCGCGUGGCAAAACUGCAACUUGCUUCCGUACGUCAUUUCUUUCUAAAACGGGGCGCUACUUAUCAAAUUUCGAAAGAGACAAAGUCCUACAGGAACGCAUCCAGAAGUCACACAGCGCCUCCUCUGCCGGAAAGUUAUUAGCGCCUGCAUAUGACUCUACGACUUAACCUUGAAGCUUAUUGUAACUAAAGACAUUAGAAAUGGUGGCUGAUGAAGUUUUUUAUUAUCAUAUAAAUUUUUGUAAUGUGUGUUAAAAGGAACAAAUUAUGGGCACAAAAGUAUAAUAUAUAAAUAACAUUUUGUAAGUAAUUUUUUAUUGGCAAAUAAAGUGAUUAGCUGUUUGUGUGGAAUUAAAAAAAUAAACGGGAAUAUAAUGUAAUAUAUCAGUAUGGCCACCGCAGCUUCUGUUUGAAGACUGAAAUAUAAAUGUGUUAGUGGAUUGCCUUUUGUAUUGUUGGUUUAUACUGCAACAAUUUUAUGCAAUGUGAAGCAUGGCCUCUGUGCUCAUCAGGUUUCUUUUGCUUUUUCAUGGUAAGAAUAGCAAAUAUGACACAUAAGUCCCAGCAUCAAUGUAAAGGUCUACGCCCAGACCACUACCAACAGAAAACUGACAAAAUAAGGCGUAUAGCGACCAAGUAGUAAUGCAAAAAAUCUAUUUUAUUGAACACAUAU